AUAAUAAUAUUAACAUUUGUCCAUGUAAUAGACAUCUAAUAUUUUUCGUAAAUAGUCAGAAAUUGUUUUUAAAGAACGUCCGAAUUGGAAGUCGAAUAUUGGAAUGAAACUCAGAUAAGGUAAUAACAAAAUUCAUAUUAAGUAUUCAAAAUAAAAAUCAUCUUAAAUUCAUGAACAUUCUUACAAUUUUAUUACAUUUCUAUAUAAAUUAUAUAAGAAAAGAAAUACAGUCAAAACAACCAAAACAUAGUUGUUUUUUUCCUUUCAAUGAAAGUCAAAGGCUUGACUACUAUUCCUAUUCUUUCUUUUUAAUUAACCUAUUUUCUUACAUUGUAGUCAAUGGUUAUCCCAUUAUAUGUAGACCUAUUGAAUAGAAACCCAAUAUCUCAAAGAUUUAUUGGACAAGUGUCAAAAAUUUAUGAUGAUGAAAACAUUUCUUGUAAUAUAAAAAGCACACUUCUUGUAUAAGAUAUAGACAUCUUCUGCCAUUAAAUAUAAUCUCUCUCUUUCAGUAUAAAUCUACAAAAGUAAAAUUUGUAAUGUCGGAGGCAAGUAGAACCGAUGAUGGCGAUAGAACUCUGUUUAAGCAGCGAGAAACUUCUCAAAUCAGCUCUUUUCUCAACGAAUUUCCGGCGAGUGCUAAUGUUCUUGUUGUCGAACCCAAUUUUGUAACUUUACGUAAGAUGAAAAACCUCAUGAUCAAAUACGGCUAUCAAGUGACGGUUUAUGCGGAUGCAGAAGCAGCUCUCGCGUUUCUGAGAAACUGUGAACAUGGGAUUAAUCUCGUGAUCUGGGAUUUUCAUAUGCCUAGAAUUAAUGGAAUCCAAGCUCUCAAAAUCAUUUGUACAAAGAUGGAUCUGCCUGUCGUAAUUAUGUCUGAUGAUGACCGAAAAACAUCGGUGAUGCAAGCAACGGUUCAUGGUGCAUGCUACUAUGUUAUGAAACCGAUUAGAAAGGAGAUCAUAGCCACCAUAUGGCAACACAUUGUACGCAAGAGGAUGAUGUCUAAAUCAGGUUUAAUUCCACCGGUUCAAUUAGAUGUGGUUCAGAAUCACGAUGGUUUCAAGGAAAACAAAGAUGACUCCAUGCCCGUGGACCAAGGUAAUAGUGAACAAAACAUCAAUAUGAUAGGAGAAAAGGCAGAAAAUCUACCAAUCCAAUCAGAUUCGGUUCAGAAUAACGGUUCAGACCAAGACAACAACGAUUCAUGGACCAAAAGCCCAUACAACAGUGAACAAAACAUGGAUGGAGAAGAAAGAAAGCAACCGAAGACACGGGUGGUGUGGACUAAUGAUCUUCAAGAGAAAUUUCUCAAAGCCGUCGAUAUUCUUGGUGGUGCAAGAAAAGCUAAUCCCAAGCCACUUCUCAAAAUGCUGGAAGACAUGAAUAUCAAAGGGCUCACUAGAAGACAUGUGUGUAGUCAUCUUCAGAAAUAUCGUCUUAGUCUUGAGGGAAAAGAAAUCACUCAACAGAUGCAAGAGUUUGGUUGGUCCAGUGCAUGUACAACUUCACCUCUCUUAGGUUUGAACAAUGUUCACACUGCAACAUCGUCCCUUAUAAAUGGUGGAGCCUCUUACCCGGUCCAGGAGAAUCAGUAUCAAAAUGGCUACAUGGAAGUGAACAACAACCACGCUGCAUCAUCGACCCUUAUGAAUGGUCGAGCUACUUACCCGGUCCAGGAUAAUCAGUAUCAAAAUGGCUACUUCGGAGUGAACAACAACCAGGUCAUGACCAAUACUAUGCCUUAUGAUUUUGACCAUGAUCACUAUUUGCAGAAGCAGAAGCCUGAAAAAGCUUCCAGCAUCGAUAUACCGGAGGAUCUCGGACUGGCGUAUACUAUGCCUCGUUUGCCCUAUAAUCUUGGCCAUGGGAACCAUCUCCAGCAUGAACAACAACAUCAGCUUUCUCAUCAAUGGAAUAACGUGAUGAGUAACAAUGAACCGGAACUACCUUCCAGCAAUGGUGUAACGGGCGUUGGGGGGACUUAUCCAAGUUUACCGUAUGACCCAAACGAGUUCUAUAAUUAUAAUCAGUAAUUUGGCUGUUUCUUUAAUUACUAAUCAUGCGUAGGAGAUUAUUUGGUUUCUUGGAAGUGUUAUGAUUUGUGAGAGAAUCAUCAGUGACAUGAAGAAAAGGAAGGGAACGAGAGCAUGCAUGUGACUUGUUUUGUGAAUCGCAAGAAGAUUAGUUAGUUAUUAUAUUCUAUGGAACUCAUUUCAAAACCGUCUCAAUGUAUUUCAUUUUUCUUAUAUAAAUUUGUUGUUUUAUGGAUAAUUCUGUUUUUUUAAUAAAUAACUUGUUUCCAAUUUAAAAUCAGUAAGAUGCGCGUGAGUUAAUUCCAUUAUAGGGAAUUUAGUUAAAGAGAACAAAUAGAAUGCCAUAGAUCAGAUGCACGUAAUUAAAGUUAUAGAUAUUUUCUUAUAGUUUAUUAAAUCUACUGGAUUUUGAAGCUUAAAUAUAAUAUCAUUCAGAUGAUUAAAUGAUAAUGAAAUCCUAGAAAAAAAAUGGUAUAUAUUUGCCUCAGAGCACCAUUAUCGGUUUGAACCCAUACAACUUUCUUUAAAAAAAAAGAUAUUGCUAUUAUAAUUAUUUUAUUUAUGUUUGGAUUUUAUUACACCAAUGAAAUAUUCCUAGAGUGACAUCUGUGUAUUUUCAUUAUCAACGGGUUCUUAAAACAUAUCUGUAAAGAAAUUUUAUGCUCUUCUCUCUCCUAUUUUAACUAUUUUUCAUUUAUUUUAAAA